UUUCAGUUCAUCAUUUUAUGAGAACCAAGACAACCCACAAAAGAAAGAAACCCCCCAAGAACUAGAGAAUCUUUGCACACCAAUUGAAGAAUCAGCAGACAAAAAAAAAUAAAAAAACAGGGAAAAAGAGAGAGAUAUCAAAUAUAAAAGAAGCUGAACUCGCUACUGAUCAUGGCUGAUGAAUUCCAGAUAGGCAGUGGAAACUGGUGGGACUCAAAUUCAUCGAGAAACCGGUUCGACAGCGGGGCGUCGCCGCCUUCAUCGUCUGCACUGAGUAGUGUGGGAAGCUUUGGAUGGCCGACAGAGAUUGUCGACCUCAAAGCACGGUCUUCGAUGGAUUCGGUCUCCGUAUCUGGUAGUUCAAUGGUUUUCCAUGAUACCCAGAAGAUGCCCGGGCAGGAUUCUGGUGGUGGCGACAGUGGCAGCGUACUGGUGGAUCCUAGCUUACAAAUGAUGCGUUUAGGCCUUUCAGCUCAGGCCAUGGAUUGGAACCAAACUUUACUUCGUGGCGGUGGAAAAGCCGAUAGUUUCCGUCCAGUGCUUCAAGACGAUUUGCGCUCAACCGCCAGUUUUCAGCAAGAAACUGGGAUAGGGUCAUCACAAGGCCAGUGGAGACAGAAAAUAUAUUCCGGCAGCUCUGACGAUUCCUCAGUCACCGCAAACCGGGGUUUUUCAUUGGAUCAACCACAGUUCGAUAGUGUUGUUACAUGUCAAGGCUUAGCUACUAGUUUUCAGAUAGAUCAAAUUUCUUAUGGAAGCCCUUCAACGAUACUACACGGAGUUUUAGGAUCAGAUAGUCAACAACAACAACAACAGUCUGAUUUUGAGAAUAGACCAAUGAAUUAUCCAUAUCCGCCAAGCUUUGGCUUGAACUCCGAUGAACUAUUGCCUAAUUCAUGGUCCAAAUAUUCUCAGUUCCUAAGAACUUCACCUCCCAAACAACAACCACAUAGUCAAUUGCAAUUCUCCAACAACACUCCGUUUUGGAAUGCAACCGCAGCCGCCAUGAACGAUGUCCGGCCAAGCUUUUUCCCACCCUUGCAACCGCCGUUUCCUCCACCAACCUUCGAUGAGAAACCUAAGAUUACGUCGGAGGUUCGGGAGGCAAAAAAAAGUAGUGGCAGUGAAGCAUCAAACAAAAGGCCGCGUAAUGAAACAACUUCACCUUUGCCACCUUUUAAGGUGAGGAAAGAGAAGAUGGGGGACAGAAUCACUGCGCUCCAACAAUUAGUUUCGCCUUUCGGAAAGACUGACACAGCUUCAGUGCUCUCUGAAGCAAUUGAAUACAUAAAGUUCCUCCAUGAUCAAGUUAAUACAAUAUAUCAGGCUUUUGGCAGUCCAUACAUGAAAAGUGGAGGUUCCAUACAACACCAGAAGACAUUUUCGAUCCUCAUCGCGCAGAAAUCUGAGAAAUCAAAGGACCCAGAAGGAGCAAAGCAAGAUCUUAGAAGUCGAGGAUUAUGUUUGGUACCGGUUUCAAGCACCUACCCGGUAACUCAUGAGACAACAGUUGAUUUUUGGGGCCCUACAUUUGGAGGAACCUUUAGAUAAACAAGGAAACCAGAAGAAGCCACCCACAUUCGGGCAUGGGACCGAUCGUUGGAGCUAGAUAUCUUAUCAAACCCGAAUGGUUUGAUUUGAUACAGAAAGUAUAGUGUGUGGCCUGGAUUCAUUUUGUGUGGCUCACACCAUACUAGAGAUAAAUUUAGGUCACAUAUUUCACUUUUUGCAAAUUUUUUUGUGCCAAAGGUUGUGUCUGUAACGUUAUUCAUCAAGCCCUAGCUAAGUUGGGAAAUUUAUGAUAAAGAUAGAAGGAACAAUAAAUUUAGGAAAAUAGAACCAAUCAUAAAAAAUAAAAACGAAGCACUCUGAAUGAAAUAGUCUCGAUUAUUUUUUAUGAUUGGUUAUCUAUUAAAGGACAUGCCAUUGUUGGGGGCAGCUGCAGGCAAAAUGAUGAUGCAGCUUUGGCUGUUAUUAGGGACCAUUAAUUGAAGUCUUUGUAAUAAUUGAAGAAUUAUGAUUAAAGGGUUGGUAAUUAGGAAUGAGAACAGGUGCUAGAAUUAGAGAAAAUGUGUAAAUUAGUUAUUUAAUUAAUAGAGAAUUAAUUUGCUUUAUUUUUGU